AUGUUUAUUUUAACAUAAUUUCUAAUUGUAAUUUCUUAGGAAAUCACUUGGACUAAUUAUUCUUUUGCAUUUCCACAAUUUAUACCAUUAAUUGCAGAUAAAACUGUAUUUUCAAGAACAUUUGAAGAAUUCGGAUAGAUUUUGUAUUGAUAAUAUAUAACUCAUAUAGAAACAUUUCAAUAGAAUAUAAUGGGGAUUUUUAAGAAUCUAUUUGCAAUUUUGAAUACUAAUCUAUAGUAUUUCGGCAAUAGCCAUAGACUUUAAUUGCUUUAGUAAGUGAUAUGCAAUAGAUUGAUAUUGAUAAUUUGAAAACAGAAGAAAUUGAAUAAGGAUUUUCAGAAGAAUUAAUUUCAUAUGCCAUAAUAGAUAGGGAUGUGAUUCUAUUAGAGAAAAAUGGAGUAGUUCAUCAUUUAUAUUAUAAUUGGGGUCCUAAAUUUACAAAUUAUACAAUUCAUUAAUUAUCAAUAAUUUAAGAUGGAAAUGAAAAUUAAUAAAUUUUAGCAGGUAAUGAUUCUUAUUAUUAUGUUGAUAAUAACUAAUUUAUAAAAUUCAUUAUAAAAAAUGGUAGUUUAGAAUAAAAUAAAAUUCUUAAUUGGAAAAAAGUAAAUGAUCAUUUCAAACUUUUUGUUAGAGAAGAACAUUUUUAUUUGAUAAAUGGGAUUCAUGGUAUAAAAGUUUAUAAAGUGUAAAAUAAUAUAUUGUUAUAAGUGAAUAGUUUUGUUAUUGAAGUAAAUAAAAUAUUUAAUUUAGGACUUUUAACGAGAUUUCAAUGAUGUAAAUUUAAAUUUAGUUGAUUAUGCAGUAGAAGAUGAUUGGUUAUAUUUAUUAGAUUUAGAAAAUGGAGUAUAUCGUAUAAAUUUAAUAUCUAUGAAUAUUGAUAGAAAAUUCUUUAUUGCUUAGAAGGGCUGUAAAGUGAUAUCAAUACGAAAUAAAUAGAUCAUAUUGAUUUAAUAAAAUCAAUUAUUUUCAGUAAUUUAUGAAGGAAGAAUAAUAGAUGAUGGUUGGAUGCUAAUUAGAAUGAGAACAACAGCAAAAUAAAUAAUUAGAAACACAUAUUAAUUUAAUAGUUAUGCAUUACUAAUUAGCAAUCCAAUAAAUAAUAUGUAUUAGAAAGGUCUAAUAGAUAAAUUUACGGAUUCUUAACUUACUAAAGGGUAAUAAAUUAAGGAAUUAAUAUAGUGAAAAUAUAUAUUAAAUGGAAUUAUUGGGAGUGUAAGAGAUGGAUAAAACAUAUGCAAUCGGUAUUUAUAAAUAUGGUGUAGCAAUUUAUUUUGCAUAUGAAAUACCAGCCAAAAUAAUAUGUUAAGGCAAAUUAAGUUAAUAGAAUAGAGUUACUGUAAAUAUUAAAUAUAUUUAUUAGAUUCGUCUUAAUAGUACAAAUUGUCUAAAUAAAAAUUAGUCUGAUUUUUUAAAUUAUUGUUAGAAUAGACUUGAUUAUGUAUUUGAUAUUCAUGGAGUAUUAAUGUCUCCACAUUAAGAAGAUUUAUAUAUUUAUUUAUGCAUAGUUGCUUUUUCAAUAGUUGUUGGAUUAUUUUUAGCAAUAUUUUUUAUAAUAAGAAGAUAUUAAAUGAAAAAAGAGAAAAUAGAUUAGUUAAGAAAGAGUAGAAGAAGUUUAUCAUAUUGA